UUAUUGAAAUUAUUAUUUUCGAUACAAUAUAAACUUGAAUUGUCUUGGACUUAUAUUUAAAAAAUCUAAAAAAAAAAUAAGAGUAAUUGCUGAAAUGGAUACAGAUUUGUUCAGCAAUACUGCAGGAAUAUUUGCUUAUUUGAAUUUCCUAGUGCCAGCAAAAAGAAAGGAAAUUUUAGAGAUUUUGAUAAAUGGUUUGAAAAGAUUGGAAUACAGAGGCUAUGAUUCAGCAGGGCUUGCAUUUGAGGGAAGUGAGAUUGAUCAAAAUGACAACAAAAUACAGAUGGUCAAGUGUAAAGGUCGUGUGUCCAUGUUAGAAGAUGAAAUUAAAAGAUUAGAAAACGUCAACUAUGAAAAAGAAUACAAAAUCCAUGUGGGCAUUGCUCAUACACGAUGGGCCACUCAUGGUGAGCCUAGCUCAGUUAACAGCCAUCCACAGAGAUCUGACCUUGAUAACGAGUUUAUGGUUGUACAUAAUGGUAUCAUCACAAAUUACAAAGAUAUUAAAUCAUUACUAGAAAAGAAAGGUCAUAAAUUUGAAUCAGAAACAGACACAGAGGUCAUCGCUAAAAUGAUAAAGCACAUUUAUGAUAGUCAUAAAGACAACAAUAUAUCAUUCAGAGAAUGUGUGGAAUUGACAAUCCAACAGUUGGAAGGAGCAUUUGCUCUAUGUUUGAUGAGUAGACAUUUCCCAGGAGAAUGUGUAGCUGCAAGGAGAGGAAGUCCAUUGCUUGUUGGUGUUAAAAGCCAGGCCAAACUAUUAACUGACCAGAUACCUGUGUUAUAUAGUAAAGGUCGAACUGUGUUAGAAGAGAAAGGUAGAGAUUCUAUUAAAGACGAGAAUGAAGACCACAGAGGUUUUAUCAACCCACAGAGAUGUGAUAGUACAACAGAAUUCCAUACAGUCGGGGAACAAAGUGAAGUGGAGUAUUUCUUUGCUUCUGAUGCUAGUGCAAUAAUAGAACACACAAAUCAAGUGAUCUUCCUGGAGGAUGAUGACGUUGCAGCAAUUAAAAAUGGAACUUUAUCUAUCCAUCGAAUCAAACGCACCCUUGAUGAAUCUACUGUUAGAGAUGUCAUCACACUUAAAUUGGAAUUACAAGAAAUUAUGAAAGGGAGCUAUGGAACUUUCAUGGAAAAAGAGAUUUUUGAGCAGCCAGAAUCUGUGAUCAAUACAAUGAGAGGGAGAGUAAACUUUGAGAAAAAUCAAGUGAUUCUUGGUGGAAUAAAGGACUAUAUGAGUGAAAUCAGAAGAUGUAGACGCUUAUUAUUCAUAGCCUGUGGAACAAGUUACCAUAGUGCUGUGGCUACACGACAGUUAUUGGAAGAGUUAACAGAACUACCUGUGAUGGUAGAAUUAGCCAGUGAUUUCCUCGAUAGACAGACACCUGUCUUUAGAGAUGAUGUAUGCUUCUUUAUCAGCCAAUCAGGAGAAACAGCUGACACAUUGAUGGCUCUUAGAUACUGUAAACAGAGAGGUGCCCUAAUUGUGGGUAUUACUAACACUGUAGGCAGUACCAUCAGUAGAGAUUCACAUUGUGGUGUACACAUAAAUGCUGGUCCGGAGAUUGGUGUUGCAAGUACAAAGGCCUAUACUAGUCAAUUUAUUUCACUCGUAAUGUUUGGUUUAGUUAUGUGUGAGGACAGAAUCUCUAUGCAAGAAAGACGAACAGAAAUUAUACAGGGGUUGAAAAAGCUACCAGAAAUGAUUAAUGACGUUCUCGAGAUGAAUGAGAAAGUAAACGACUUAGCCAAAGAAUUAUAUAAACAGAAGAGUUUGUUAGUGAUGGGUAGAGGUUAUAAUUUUGCUACAUGUUUAGAAGGUGCCUUAAAAAUUAAAGAGUUGACAUACAUGCAUUCAGAGGGAAUACUAGCUGGAGAAUUAAAACAUGGACCAUUAGCUUUAGUUGACAAAGCUAUGCCAGUUCUUAUGGUCAUAACCAGGGACAAAGUAUACCAGAAAUGUGUAAAUGCUCUACAGCAAGUGAAAUCCAGACAUGGUCGUCCCAUUUUACUAUGUUCUAAGGGUGAUGAGGAGACCAUGCAGCAAGCUUAUCGUUAUAUUGAGGUUCCCAACACUGUGGACUGUCUCCAAGGGUUAUUAACUGUCGUCCCACUACAGCUUUUAUCUUUCCAUAUAGCUGUGUUAAAGGGAAAUAACGUCGAUUGUCCUCGUAAUUUAGCAAAGAGCGUAACAGUGGAAUGAAUCUCUCAAGGUUACAGGUAGACUCUCCUAGGAGUUUAUUGAAGAUCCAUUCCACUCCAAACAGUUAAUGGACUACUACUUAAAACAUAUGUGGGAACUGUGUUAUUGGAUGAUAUAGGUGGACAAAUUAUUAGUAGUUGUCAAUCAUUAGACUUAAUUAUUUUUUAGAAGUUUUUGUGGGAGGCAUGAUAUAAUAAAUAUUAUAUAAAUUUUGUUGACUCUCUUUAUCUUGAACAUAUAUCUGAAGUGCCAUAUAAGUGUUUACUAUUUACCAUAAAUUGUAAUAAAGAUGAAUUAGAUGUGUAUGUUUGUACUUACAUUAAUCAAAAAUUAGGUGGAUAAAAAUGUUAAAAUGGUUGCAUAAAUUUCUAGAAGUUAUUGACUGAGUAUUCCUGACAUGAACAAAAUGGCCAAAAUUGUGAAUGAUAUGCAAGUCAAAAUAUUUCAUUUAUCAAAUCUUAUAGUGACUGUGUUGUAGAUGGUCACAUUCUUAAUUCCUGCCAAAUUUUAUAUAUAAAUUCAUGGAAAUAUAGAUUUUACUAUUCAAUCGAGUUUGAAACGAUUUUUAUCCUAUUGAGACAGUUAAAUUUAAUUUAAAAUGUGAGGCUUGUUGAAAUUAAAUCCUUAAUUCCCAGUGUAAAGAAGUGAUGAUAUAUAUCUAUACGAUGAAUUGCUGAGUCUUUAAUUUGAGCAAAAUAAAAUUCUCUAUCUAUACCUUUUAAAAAUGUCUUUAUACCCUUAGAAUUAAAUUUAAAAAAUAAAACGUAAAGAACUGAUAAGAAGUAUGUCUUUUUUAAGUUUAAUAUAAUAAUGGUAUAUUAUACUGUUUAUAUGAGCUUGGUAUGUUGGUUUUUAAAUUUCACAAAAUUUGAAUUGAAACAAAUGAAAUUUGACCCCAAGUAGGGCUUUUGUUUUGUAGAUCCCCAUGUUUUUAUAAAGCUUGUAAGGCUUUUUAAAGUGAACAUUCCUAAAAGGGGUUGAUCAAAGGAAUACUUCCUGUACUGCAAAUUUGGUUAUUUGAUUCAUCAGUAAAAUUUGAUAGUUUUUUAUUUCAAUUUAUAGGAUAUAAAAAGGGAGAUAAUUCAGUAUUUUUUAACAGUAAUUAAUUCCAUAUCAUUUUAUAAUACAUAUUGGUUAACAUUGAUUAAUAGAACCUGACAUACCUUAAUUAACAAGGCGCUGAUUCAAAUGUUUUUAAUUUAAUUGAUUAAUAAAAGUUCAAUAUAAUGAGAGUCAAGAAAUAGCAGUACACAGUAUUUAUUUAUUGUAUUUAAUUUUUUAAUAACUAUAUUGAAUAGUACCGAUAAUGUGCUGGAUGCAUUAAAGAUCUCAAACAAGUUUUUAGAACUAGGCAUUUUAAGAGAAAUUGUUGCUUUGCUGUAAUUGUAGAAGAGUUUAUUAGUCAAGCAUAAAUUGUGCUUUGGAGAGGGAAACUGUUUAGAGAUACAGGAUGAUUACUACAUUUUUUUCUAAAUUUUUUUACUGGAUAUUUUCUAUAAUCAAAAUUAAUUACUGUAAAUUCAGAAAUUAUUACAUGCAUUUAUUAUUGCGAUUUUGUCAUUUUAAACUAAAAUGAGAUUUUAAUUUUUGCAAUAUUGAGAAAAAUCCUGUUUAAUUCAUAUUCAAAUUUCAAAAUGCGAGUUUAAAUUAUUGCGAUUAUAACCCUGUCGCAUUUUUCGCAAUAAUAAAAACAUCGCAAUAAUUUCUGAAUUUACAGUAGUUGUUACUAUUUUGAGUUACAUAUUUCAGUUAGUACCUUUUUUAAGUUGCAUAUUUCAGUUAGUACCCUUUUUUUAAGUUGCAUAUUUCAGUAAGUACUUUUUUUUUAGCAACAUAUUUCAGUUACUUCCUUUUUUUCAUUACAGACAAAAUAAAAUCAAAAUCUAUGAAACUGAAACCAUGCACGAAGACAACUUCAAUUACAAGUAUUGUGGUUAAAACAAGUGCAUUGAUUGUUGAUGUAAAUAUCUAUUAAUUGUUGUAUUAAUCUAAAAUGUAAAGGCAGCUUCCUGUUUACAUUUUGUUUUAUGUUUCAUUAUAUUUAUACAAUACAUCAAAUAAAUGGUUGUCUUUGAAUGUUUACCCCACUAUUUUCCUAAGUAGUUUUGGGAAUUCACUUCAAAAGUAUCUUAUGAGUUAUACUUUUAAUAACCAAACUUUUGGCACCAAGAUCUAGUCUUAAAAUAAAUUGUCAGUUGUCAAAGUUAGUCAGGAUUUUUAGAUGUCCUUUUUAGACUUUCUUACCCUCAGUUUUAUUAAAAAUUUUAAUAUAAAGUCAUGCUACUUUGCAUUCAAACUUUUGUAAAUUGCAACAUGGGAAAUAUUUUGAGAAGCUAUGCUCAAUACAAAAAGAAAACAGGAGGAUUCACAGACUUAAAGACCAGUUAUAAAUAGGUAAACCAAGGUUUCAAAAUGUUGUAUUUUUUGCAGACAAUAUUAUAAUUUUUAAGAGAAGUCAUUUUGUUAUGUUAUUUUGAUUUAGAGUUUUGUUUUUCUACAACUUAUAUUUUGUUUGUUAAGUUUUAUCAUGAGACAUCGAUGUUUUUUUUGUUAUGCAAUAUAAAUGACAUUCUUGCUGUCGUUCUGUUUCCUCAUCGACAGGGGGGCAACUUGAUAUUGUUAUAUUAUACAUAGUUAAUUUCAUUGUUGUGACUUAUACAUUCAAAAUCUGUAUCCAGUAAAUUCAACAUUGGAGAAGAAUUUCAUUAUCUGUUACCCAGCACUUUUUGGUAUAAAAUUUUAAAAAGUAUAAAAUGUAUUAAAACAAAUCUUUCAUUUGAUAAAUUUUAAGCAAAUUGUGCUUAUAAAAGAUUGAAUGUUAUCAAGUUACACGAGAAAGCUUGAAAUUAGAAUUGUGUCCACUUCACAGCUUGAUAAUGAAAUGUCCUCAAAUGUUAAUCACUUUCCAAACAUUCAGAUGCUCUGUAUAUUAUUUUUAAACCAUAACACAUUGUAAUCUUGGUUGAUGAUAUUGCUGCUUGACUUUUAAAUUUAUAUAUGUAAUAAAAAGUAUACAUUAUUUCAAUAUACAUGUUUUGAAAAUCUCAGAUUGUUUUAAAACUGGUUAAUGUUUAACAUACUGUUUUGAAUUAUAAAUAUGAUUAAUACAUAUAUAAACUCUAUUAUUGUUUAGUUAGUCUCAUUGCAAACUAAAACAAUGAUUAUUAACUAAACAGGCAAUAUUUUUUUUAUUAUUAUUAUUAUAUAGUAUAAGAAUAGCAAUUUUGACAACCUAAAGCUUUUUUUUUUCAAAUCUUUGAUUCUUAAUGUUUAUUGAAUACUGUCUAAAAAUGAUAUUAAUUAAGAUUGGAAAGAAUCUCAUAUAAGGAUUGAAUCUCCUAUUUUGGAAAUAACAGAAGACAGCUUAUGGAUGUAGAUAAUAAAUAAAGGCAAAAAUAUCAAAGAACAUCAUCAUUUUUUAGAAUUUUUAAUUUGGCAUAUUUUGAAUACUUUCGACAAUCAUGUUUGUAUUUCCUAUGUAAUUUACCUUUACAUUUCAGUAAGGUAGAAUCAGAUGGUCAGGUGUAAUACCUCUGAAAUUAAUCUUGCUGCAACUAUCCAUCCUUUUAAAGUACUAAAAUUUUAACAGUUUUUGUGUUUGUAUACAAAUUGUUUCUUAAACCAUACCAGUUUUUACUAUGUUCAAUAUUUGUGGCGAGAUGGCAAUCAGAUUCCCAAAUUAUCAUGUCUAGGCAUUGAAAUAUUGUUCUGAAAAUAGAAAUAAUGUAUUGUUCUGGCUAUAUAAGGAAACUAAAAACAUACUUAUGUAUCAUAGUGCUUCUCUGUGACUUAACUUUAAUUCUGAAUCAUUCUUGCAUAUAUAUAUUUUCGAGGACCACCAGUAUACUGAGGGAAUAAAUUAUAUAGAAAAGUU